AUGCCAAUUUUAAAUGCACUAACUGGGAGUAACAAUUUCAUACCAAAAUCUAUAAUAGCAUUCUACUUGGCGUACAAUUGCUGUCAUUUGAGGUCUUUAAAAUUCAUCUUAUGGGCCGCCGGCCGAUGCCUCUCCAUGGGCAACCUGCUGGGCGGCGUCGGCCUGCGCGAGCCCCCGGAGGAGCCGGAGGCGGAGGCCGGGGACGCGCAGGCGGCGGGCGCCGGGCAGGGUGGUGAGUGUGCUGAAGCAGCUGCCAAACCAAAGAGAAGUUUCUAUGCUGCGAGGGAUUCGUACAAAUACCGACACCAGUACCCACAGAACUUCAAAGAUAUCCGGUAUCAAAAUGACUUCAGCAAACUUCGUUUUUAUAAGAAUAAAAUUCCCUUUAAGCCAGAUGGUAUUUACAUUGAAGAAGUUCUGAAUAAAUGGAAAGGAGAUUAUGAAAAGCUGGAGAACAACCACACUUACAUCCAAUGGCUCUUUCCUCUGAGAGAACAAGGCUUGAACUUUUAUGCUAAAGAACUAACUACAUAUGAAAUUGAGGAGUUCAAAAAGACAAAAGAAGCAAUUAGAAGAUUCCUCCUGGCUUAUAAAAUGAUGCUAGAGUUUUUUGGAAUCAAACUGAUUGAUAAAACG